AUGAACCCUGAAACUUUCACUGUUUAUGACGAUCAAUUGGAAAAAUUAAUCUUAGCGUUGGAUCCAAGAUCUAUAGCUACGAGAGAAUUUAUUUCUUCUGGAAGUAUUUCAGAUCAAAAUUUUGUUGAUGAGGCCGAUACUCAAAUUAAUAAACUUUUAUCGGAAUAUAACAUAUUAGCUACAACAGCUGCUAAGGAUCCAUCAAACACUGCAAUCGGUGGCACGCCAGGAGUAACAGAUUCUGGAGUCAAGACAAACAUUCUCGAACCAGUUUUACGAAUUUAUAUGACCGAUAUUAAAUCGAAUCCAAAAGGAGCAUUUAAUCAGGACGUGACAAGACAACCUAAAGACAUUAUUGAAGCUGAUAAAUUAUUUGGAGAUAUUAAAUUGGCAAUAAAGGCAAAUGAGAAUUUGGCAUCAAAAGGAUUGAAAGCUGCUUCUAUUUCUGCUAUUUCAAGACUAGAAAAUGCAUUUGACAAUUUUGUACUUUCCAAUUCUCCAACACAAAAUGAGAAGGAAAUGAUUGAAGCUGUCCAAAAAAUUGAAAAAGGUGGCAAUCUGGACGACGUACCUGGCAGAAAAAGAUUCUUCCCAGGAAAUACACUACAAUCUAUUGACCAAAUUUAUAAUUCUUUAAGAAGCAAAAUUCCUCUUUAUGAUCGUGAUUAUGUACCGGAUAAAGGGCAAGGGGAAUUUGGAAAUAAAAUGCCAAAAAUGAGAGAUUAUCGUUUCGUUAAUGUUAUUUCGGGUAAGAUAAAUUAUUUAGAUUUUUAUCUUGAUUACACAGAGUAUUCACCAUAG